GAUCCUUAAGUAGGUGAAAAUCGACGGAAAUGCGGUCGUUUCGCAAGGGUAUGGUGCGAGCAGAGGAUGUCACCCAGGAAGACCGGCGGUCCCGCGCGUUCAGACGAACCCACUCGAAUGCGUUGGCGCGAGUAACAAUACGUGCUUGCCGUGAGCUCGGCUGUCCAAAAACACGACCACCUCCACCUGUGGCGGGCAAAGGACUUGAGGCGUGGUUUCCAGGCAAGUCGGAUGGGCCUGAACAUAGUGGGGACGUAGAAGGAUCCAAGAGGAAACUGGAAAAUCAGUCGAACCAUUUAGCAGUGGCAUGUGGAAUCGAUGCAUCGUCGAUUUCCUGGUGGACCUCCAGUAAUCGCUUACGCGCCUGCACGAGUUCAACCUCGGGCGCGUCUCGGAGAGCGACUUCGUGCAACUCGCGCCGCUACGGGCCGCUCUCGGCUCUUUUCACUAGGUAACGCUAUCAGCGCGUAUCAGCCGCCAGUACG